AAAAUACCACAAGAUGAAAUAUGAAUUAUUGAAUUUGGAUUUAAGUGAUUGAUACAACUAAGUGAAGAUCAAUAGACACUGAUGAGUAUAUGACGAAGAAGAGAGUGAUACAAUGGCUGUAAAUAGAGUGUUUUCUUUAACCAACCAUAAUCGACUGAAGCAAACGCCGGAACUACCACGACAUCAGGAUGUGGACCCAGAACAACAACAACAAUCACCACAUCAGUAUCAUCCCGAUGAUAUCACAUCAUUACCAUCACUUUCAUCACAUUCACCAUCACUGCAACAGCCUCAUCCACGAUUCACAUUUCCAGAAGGGUUUGAAGAUGAGUUUGAAAUGUCCAUUUUCUCAAGUAGUAACCCUGAUGAUCUGUCACAAAGAUCAGCUUUGAAUCGAUUAAUCACCUCAAAUGCUGCUUAUACUAAUGAUUUGAAUAUAAAACCUCGUUCAACUCCUCAAAAGUUAUUCACCUUACCUAAGAAGUUGUUUAAAUAUAUUUAUUCUGUCAGUUCUGUUAUAUUUGCUUUAUUAACAUUAGGAUUUGUGGCAGUUACUCCAUUAGAUGUUAUUGUUCAAACUUCAGGUACAAGUUUCAGUGGUAUAAAGAUGUUUAUUGUCAUUAUUGUUUGUGUGGUAUUCCUUUUUCUAAGCACCGUAUUAUAUUUAUCAAGAAUAGUGCAAUAUAAAUCUCAUAUGAAUGAAAUCCCCACUUAUUCCGUCUAUAUCCCUGAUGAAAAUGAUUAUCCAAAAUCAGUUUAUAGUGAGAUAGAUCGAGAAUUAAGAUUAUGUAUAGGAGAUAUUAGAUUAAAGGCAGGGCCCUUAUUUAAUAGUCUGGCUGUUAUUAAUCAUCCUGGUGUAUCUCCACCUCAUUAUAUUCAAGUAAGUUAUAAACAAGGUGAAGCAGGUACUUUAUUCCCUCCAGAGACUAUUUAUGAAGAUAUUAUUCGAAGUUUAGGAGAUAAAUUCAUUUAUGAUUCAAAAGCCUUUACUCAAACUGAUUUACCAAAUUAUUUUACCUUUAGAGAGAUUAUGCUUUAUUUAGGUCAAGUUUAUAAUAUUAAAGGACCUAGUAGAGAUCCAAAUGAACCUGAUUUACCAUUAAUUAUUCAAUUAUAUGAGAAAUUUCGAUUUUCAGAUACAUUAAUUCAAGAACAAGAUUUAUUUCAAUUUAUGAUUGAAUUUGAUAAAUUAGGACAAAUGUGGCAUGGAAAUUAUCAAUCUAAUAUAGCGGUUCCAUCAUCUACUUUUCAUAAGCGAAGAAAAUCUUCUACUAAGAGUGUUGAUUUUGAUACAUUGGCUCCUGAUGCAAAUUAUUUACAACCUAAUAGUGGUAGUAGUUAUAGAAGAAGUAGUUCAGCACUUGCGUUUGAUGAAGAGUAUAAUUUAUAUGAAGAAGAUGAUGAUUAUAAUUAUGUUGGUGAUUAUGAAAGAGAAGGAGAAAGUAUAGCAAGGAAUCGAGAUGGAGAAUAUCGAGAAGGUAUGGAAGAUGAAGAGUAUCAAUUUUAUCAUCAAAAUCCUGAAAAUGAAUUUUUUAGUAAAAUUGAAGAUGAAGAUGAUGAAGAAGAAAAGAGUUCAUUAAAUUCAGUUAAGAUUACUAAAGAUAAUGAAAGUAGAAGGAAAUAUAAUUCGGGUGGAUCAAAAAUAUCUUUAAAUUCUUCAAGAUCAAAUCUUAAAGCUAAUAGUCAAUUUUUAAUGACUCCAAUCAUUUCUAUUAGUAAGACUGGUAAUAGAUCCGAUAAUGCUUCGAUCAAUUCAUCCCGAUCAGUAGUUCGAAAUAAAUUAGCCAUGGAUGGUAAUUUCAGAAAGUUAUCCAGAUCAAGGUCAAGAUCGAUUAAUGAUGAUGCAAAUUCCUUGGAAUCAUCUAAUUCAGUGGUUAGAAGUAAGAAAUCAAAUAGUAAUAGUGUGAGUGUUACCCCUGCGGCAUCAUAUUUGAAUUUGAAGUAUGAUGGACCUGCUAGUAUGAAGAGAAAUAGUGGAUAUAUGACUGAUUCAGAGCAUGAAAGAGAUGAUGAAGAUGAUAAUUAUAGUUCACAAGAUCGGGUUUAUAUUAGGAAUAAUAGUACUAAUUCCAAUAAUGACAAUAAUAAUAAUAUUAAUGAAGACAAUAAUGGUGAUGAAGAGAUGGACUUUUAUCAAUUUAGAAGUCGGAAUAAAUCAAGUUGAAUUGAUUUUAAUGCGAUACAUAAUAAUUUUCCCUCCCCCAAAAAAUAGCAUAUUAUUUUUAAUAUAUAGAUGAU